GAUUUGAUGUGUCAGAAGCCCAUCAAUACGAAAAAAAAACCGAAUAGCAACGUGGGUAAGGUUGGUAAAUAAUGAUGUAUGUUAUGAAGAGGAUCGUUGACCACGAUGAUAAAAUAGAGUUGCCGAAAUGUAUGUACCACAUUAAAAAUCCGAUCGAUCUUACAGAAGAAGAUGAAAUUUGUUUGAAAAUCAAUGAAAAGGUUCUCAAAUUUAUUAAGGGUCCUAAUAAUAAGAUGACUGAACUGGAGACAAGGCAAGAUGAACUCUUGAACAAGCUAGAAAUACUAUACGAGCGGAUAAAGACAAUUAGCUCUCAAUGUAAGCUUGACAAUAUGAGUGCUAAUAUUCAGUCCUCAAAUGCCUCAAAAGUCGAAUCUGUAAUUACACCAGAGGAAGUUGUCUUGGUGCUGAGUCCUGAUUCAUUGCCUUGGUAUUUGAAUAUCAUUUUGAAAAAAUCCAAUAUUCCAAUACAUACAACUUGUCAUGUCCAUUCAUCAGUGCCAAGUGAGAAAUUAGCAAAAAUAAAGGCUUUUACUCAAAAACUUAAAACUUCUGAAAACCCUAAAGUAAACCUAAGGCUUAUUUUUAAAGCUGCAGCAGAUUCAGAACUGAAAUUGUCAGCAUUAUCAACACCAAUCUUAGGAAAUGUCAACAUCCUAAGAUAUCUGUCAUUAGCCUACCCUACCAUAAUUCCUUAUGACCAUAAUGAUCACAUAGUUGAUAAUCUAUUAGACAUUUGCCACGUUUUGGAGAGGACAUCAGAAAAAAAUAAAGAAGCAGUUGUAAAUAGGCUUUUCGCUCACUAUAAAACUUGGAUUUAUGGUGACAAAUUUUCUGUGGUAGACUUGGCAGCAUACAACUUAAUUAAACAAUGGAGAAAUACACCUAAGUUUGUCUCUAAAGUGUGGUUUGAUAGAUGUGAGAAAUUAUGUUCUUAACUCUCACUGUUUUAAUAUGGAUUGUUUUCAUGUAAUCAAUAAAUGAGCUUUGUUCUGA